AUGGCCGGUCUUCCUGACCUUGCAGAGUGGCUUCAAGAUGCCAACGAAGCGCUCAACAUUAGCCUUGUAGCGCCGUCAAAAUCGGGCCUCAAGACCAUUGCGACGUUCCAUCCCAAGUUCACGUAUCCCAUCUUUGGCGACGAGGAGAAAAUAUUGGGAUACAAGGACCUGAAGAUCCACCUGCGAUAUCGUGCCAAUGAUAUGCGCCCGCACCUGCGACUUGCGUACAGCAAAAAACUGAAGGCUGUUGGCGAGCAUGAACCUACCGAUGUUGUAGAGAUCCUGGAAGAGGGUGGCCAUCUGCCAAAAGUUGCUUUUGUUAAGGGAUCGGACUUUGACAACAGCUCGCAACAACUUGGCGACAACUGGUCUCCUCCCGGAACGCUGCACGAUACUUUCGAGGGUCCCGAUGGCCAGUAUGAAAUCUGGAAGGGAAGUCUUGUCGACCCUGCUGUCAGACAGUUGAACAGCCGAAUUCAAAUCCUGGUUCCCUUAUUUAUCGAAGGAGGCACCUACAUCGGCCACGAUCCAGAGUCGGACUCGGCAGAGUUGGAUUUAUCAGAUGCUGAUCGAUGGACUCUCUUUUUCCUCUAUCGCAAGCAAAAGUCGGUUGAUGAUUCGGAGAAGAGCGCGUACACCUUUGUGGGCUUCGCCACAGUUUACCGCUUCUAUUAUUUCCCACCGCUACCGACGCCGCCAACCUCCCCAGCGGAAACCUGGGAGCUACCUUCUGGUGACAUGGACCUGUCUCAGCUUCCGUGCAGGACAAGGCUCUCGCAGUUUGUCAUUCUUCCACCGUUCCAGGGCAAGGGCAGUGGCGCGCGCCUAUAUAACACCGUCUUCAAGUACUACCACGGUCACGCGCAGACGCACGAGUUCACAGUUGAAAAUCCCAAUGAAGCCUUUGACGAUUUACGAGACACCUGCGACCUGGCUUUCCUGCGAACCAUGCCCGAAUUCAGAGAGCUUCGCCUCGAUACCAAAGUGACUGUUCCCAAAUCCGGGCCCCUGCCCAGACUUAUCGCUGGUGGGGAAAACCUCGAAAAGAUUCGACUACAGGCCAAGAUUGCGCCCCGGCAGUUCUCUCGGGUUUUGGAAAUGCACUUGAUGUCUCAACUUCCAAAGUCGGUUCGUCCAACCAUGUCACUGGACGGCUAUGUUCCGUCUCCUACAGCUGCGGACAAGCACAAAGAAAAGUUGUGGCAGCUCAUUGUCAAGCAGCGAUUAUAUCGCCAUAACAAAGAAGUUCUUUCCCAAAUAGAUGUUGCCGAGAGGAUCGACAAACUGUCAGAAACGCUAGGUAGCGUUGAAUUAGAAUAUGCUAGAAUACUAGCGGCACAUGAUCGGGCUAUGAAGCAUUCGACUGCUUCUAAUGGAAAGCGGAAACCUAGUGAGCCUUUGGUCGAGGCUACGUCUAGUAAGAAGGCUAGAGUGGAUGACGAGUAA